UCCUGAAUUGGGAAGUGAAGGUAAUUCUGGAUUCCUGAAAGCAUGGAGACAUCAGCAGACAGGACAAUGGACCGAGUCUCGUACACCCAGAGUAACCCGCUGUUCGACAUGUCACUCAGCAGAAGCAUCCCCUCCAGUUUCCAGCCAGUUGAUCUGAAGCCAGCAAGGCCCAGAAGACAGAGGUGUAUGCAUGUGGUUGUAGUUUACCUUAUCCUACAGACCGCUCUCAAUGCCUUUCUCCUUUACAAAGUUUUCACGCUUGAGUCUUCACUGCAUAACUCCAGGACAGAAAAGCUGAUGUCCAAUCACAUUCCUCUGGGUGGAGAACUGGGUGAGGACAGGCUCCAAACUCUCAUCUACAACAACAGUCAAGAAACCAAGACCCUGAGCAGCCACCUACAGACCCUGCAGAGCCAGGUGAGUGGUCUGUGUGGAGAGGAUGGUCAGCUGGACAGGCUGAGGACUGACCUGAACCUGCUCAACACCAGCACCCACAACCUGGAGGACAAACUGACAACCAUUAGCCGCAAACCAGGACCUCCUGGUCCUCCGGGUACAGAUGGGCAGCCAGGACGUCCAGGGACACCUGGAGACAGAGGCCUCAAAGGUGACAAUGGUGUUGCCGGCCCUCAAGGACCAAAAGGUGACAGGGGACUUCCUGGACAACGCGGAGAUCCAGGAGUUGCUGGGCAAAUCGGCCCACCUGGACCUCCUGGACCUAUUGGACCUAUUGGACGUACUGGUCCCACGGGUUCGCCUGGGUCACCAGGGGUUCCAGGGAGUAAAGGAUCAGCUGCAAAGGGAGAGAAAGGAGAACGUGGAGUCCCAGGCCUUCGUGGGGACAAAGGUGACACGGGGAACCCCGGCCAGAAAGGAUCUUCUGGAGUUUCUGGUGUUCCUGGACUCAAAGGAUCUAAAGGAAACUCUGGAAGUAAUGGUCCACCGGGUCCUCGAGGUGAGAGAGGACUCAGUGGUCAGGAUGGACGUCCAGGUCCCCCAGGACCACAAGGUGCCAAAGGAAACAAGGGAGACCAGGGAGACAUGAACGUGCGUCUUGUUCCGGGGCCAUCCCGGGGGCGAGUGGAGGUCAGGUACAAUGGAGCCUGGGGCACCGUGUGUGACGACAGCUUCGACAUCGUGGACGGCAAAGUGAUCUGUAGGAUGCUGGGCUUCCAGUCUGCCUCUUCUACCUUCACUGCCAACGCAGGAUCAGGCAAUAUCUGGCUGGAUGACCUGGGAUGCACAGGAUUAGAGUACAAUAUCUUUCACUGCCCUAACAGUGGAAUUGGUGUGAACAACUGCCAACACAGUGAGGAUGCUGGGGUGUCCUGUUCCUAGACUGACACCACACUGAAGAUGAACAAGAGAAAAAAUUAUGCCUCGACUUUUCUACACAGCUUUGAUUAACAUGCAAUGACAAGUUGACUGACACAGACACAUACACACUGUCACAGAAACAGACACACACACACACACAUGCACACAGUUCAGCGGGGAUAUUUGCAGAACAACACUUCCUGUACUGAUGUUCACAGAUGGAUCUUAUGACACAAAGCACAGCACAUAAAAUUGCAUUUAGCUAAGUUUGACUCUAUUACGAAACACAUUAGCUUAAAAAAGAUCAUGUCAAUAAAACUUUCCUGGAAAAAAUUUUCUCAUUUCUCCACUCUGUACUCUCAUGGUCCGUCUGCCCCAAUCGUUUCCUGUCUGUGUCACACAUGGCCACUGACUUUGCAGAGGUCAGCGGAGAUGAGGUCACGUUCAAGGACACGAGUUGUGCUGAGGAAUGGAUUCUGACACAGCUGGCUCAGUCACGUUUUCACAGAUGCCUCAGGGAGCACACUGUAGAUGAGAGUGUUCACACUGACUGAAAUCAUCAGCGCCAUGCAGACAAGUCAAGGAAAGGCUGGUUCUCUUUAAUGUUACUGAAGCUGCACUGAUCAAUAUCUUUUAUAUUAGCGAUGGGCCAAAUAGUCGUGUAAUGGGAGAAGUGUUGCUUUGUAGUGACAAGCCCACAGAGAAUAAUCACCUGACCAUCAGCUUAAUGGAGCGUUAGUGUCUUCCAGCUAAAUGUUUUGGUUUUAUGGCUCACAACUUUACUGUUUAGGUUCAGUCUCAAUGCUCUCAACCUUGUACCAUAGCUGCACAUGGAACUGCACAGUUAAACGGAUGUGACUGCAACAUGGAUCUGCAGGUUUGGAAAUGAAUCUGAACGAUAUCAGGGUCAUCUCCAUCCGGCAGCUGUUUUUGUGAAAAGGUUCUUAAAUCCCACCGUUCACUUCCUCUCCAGCUCCAAACACCAGACAGACACUGACUAGCUGGACAAUAUAGUGGAGCAUUUAACAACUAAAGAGCUAAAUAUUUUUCUGUCUCACUGGUCCCACUGGUCCCACUGGACCAAAACCAGAGCUAAAAAGUGAGUGAAUGUUUGACAUUCAUCAGAAGUCCAGAAACACAGAUAAUUCCAAAUAAAAACUGAUGUUUCACUGUGUCUGCUGGAUGUGUACAUAAUAUAGCAAACUGUUUGCUAAUAAGUUUACCUUGGCAAUAUAAUAAGGCUAUGUCAAUGUUGUGUAUAGUGAUGCUUAAUAUGCUGCCCCCAGGUGGCCAAAAAACCCCAAUCAUGUUUUACAGUUUGCAGUGAAAUAAAGUUUCCCUCCAAAUUCAACUUCUCUUUUUUUCAACAGCAUGCAUCAGAAG